AUGAGCACGCGGGGCGGGGCGGCGCCGAGUGGCAGGUGAGCCUCGGCGUCCACUCGGCAGAGCGCCUGGGAGGAGCCGCCUGUAGGCAGCAGCAGAGCUGAGGAUGCGCGCGUCAAAUCCAAGCUGCUUUUAAUGCGAGCGAGCAGUCCGGCUCCGAGCGUCAUGGCGACCGCAGCGUCCAACCACUACAGCAUCCUCACUUCCAGCUCAUCCAUCGUGCACUCGGAGCCCGGCAGCAUGCAGCAAGCCGCGGCGUACCGGGACGCGCAGAGCCUGUUGCAGAGCGACUAUCAGCUGCAGAGCAACAGCCACGCGCUGAGCCACGCUCACCAGUGGAUCGCCGCGCUGUCCCACGGCGAGGGGGCCCCGUGGUCGACGGAGCAGGACAUUAAACCGGCCGUGCAGAGCGCCCGGGAUGACAUGCACAACUCCAGCAGUAACCUGCAGCAGCAGCAGCACCAGUCGCGGCCGCCGCCGUCCCACCUGCAGGUGCACCAGACCGCGCACGGAGGGAGCCACCACGACGCGCGGGCGUGGAGGACCACCACGGCGGCGCACAUCCCCAGCAUGGCGACCACCAAUGGCCAGGCCUUGAUCUAUUCCCAGCCGAGCUUCGGCGUCAACGGCUUGAUCCCGGGGCCGGGCGGCGGCCAGGGGAUGCACCACCACAACCUGAGGGACCCUCACGAGGACCACCACAGCCCGCACCUGAGCGAGCACAGCCAUCCGACAUCCCAGCAGCAUCAGCACCAGCACGGCCCCAACCACCACGACCACUCGGACGAGGACACGCCGACCUCGGACGACUUGGAGCAGUUCGCCAAACAGUUCAAGCAGAGGAGGAUCAAGCUGGGCUUCACGCAGGCGGACGUGGGGCUCGCCCUCGGGACCUUGUACGGGAAUGUCUUCUCCCAGACCACCAUUUGCAGGUUUGAGGCCUUGCAGCUCAGCUUUAAAAACAUGUGCAAGCUCAAGCCUCUGUUGAACAAAUGGCUGGAGGAGGCGGACUCCACCUCGGGCAGCCCGACCAGCCUGGACAAAAUCGCCGCGCAGGGGAGAAAAAGAAAAAAACGGACUUCCAUCGAAGUCAGCGUCAAAGGGGCUUUGGAGAGCCAUUUUUUGAAGUGCCCCAAACCCGCGGCGUCGGAAAUUAUCUCACUAGCGGACAGCCUGCACUUGGAGAAAGAAGUAGUCAGGGUUUGGUUUUGUAACAGGAGACAGAAGGAGAAACGGAUGACACCUCCCGGAGGAGCCCUGGCGGGGAGCGAGGACGUGUACGGGGACACGCCGCCCCACCACGGGGUCCAGACCCCGGUUCAAUGAGCCACCCCCGCCCCUGCGAUGACUCGAAGGGAGCGCCCCAGCGCGCAGAACUUGCCCGAGAUUUUCAUUUUACACAUGCAGUCGUAUAUAAAUCACUGGACUAUGAAACGAUAGUGGGUGUUUUAUGUAUGAUGACGAGCGGUACACAACAUCUGCAGUGAGAAUGAGAGGAGACGAGGGGGGGACGGGACGACCCCCACUCCCCUCUUCAUCUCUCUCCCAGAGCUCAAGAGAAACAUCGACGCGUGUUCUGUUCUGAUCUGUUCUAUUCUAAGGAUACCAGCCGAGCACUGUGAGUCCAUUCGACGCAGUUUCAAGGUGUAGCCAGCCAUUGUGUCAAGGAAUUAAAACAACCGAGGGAGGGAAGAAAAAAGGAUGAAACUGACGCAUCCACACUUAAACAUGAGCAGAAUAGCUUGGGCCACUUUAUCAACACCAUAUAAUUUUGUAAAAUUAAAAAAAAAAAAAAAAAAAAAAGCUGAGGCUUUAUAGUUGCGUAGCUCCAUGCAGUAAGGGACGCUUGCUGCUUGAUUGGAUGCUGGGGGCCACUAAAGCUCAGGGUGAGCAUCUGUCAGCUUUGCAUUCAUUUUAUUGCUAGGAGACAACAGGCCAGCCGGCUCCUAUUUAUUAUGUGAGGUCAGUCAGGAUUUCAUCAUGCAAAACAAACACGUAUCGAUGUUCAAAGUAAGAUAUUGAUGAUUUUAUUUAUGUGGCUCGCAGACUAAAACCGACCGUGGCUGUGAUGUGAUCAUCUCUUUAAUAAGAGGAUAAAGUCUUAUUAGGAAUUAUCAAAACCUCCCCCUUCGCCUUUCUUCUCCUGACUGCAGCUUCCAAAAGGAUGGGCUGCAUCAUCCGCAGGUCAGGACGGGCUCUUGAUUUCGAGACAAUAUAUAAUUUGCAUCCAAUUUUGUAAAUAUUGUACUUUAAAUGUCAUUGGUCCAUCGUUCUUUUUUUCCACUGGGGCACUUUUUGAAUUCAUAUUCCAGAAACAGACUUUUUAAAAUUCAGUUUCCUUCAUAAUCUACCUGCUGCCUUGUGUCUGUGUGUUAUUUAUCGUUUUGCGCAUUCGCGGUUGCGUUUCAUAUAUGUAUAUUUUUUUACGUCAUGUAAAUUCAGUUGCAAUCGUCUUAAGACUUUGAUUUUUUUUUUCACAUUAUCCUGCAGAAAACUGUGAAUUCUACUAAUAAUUCCAACAAUUGCUUUAUGGACUAAAUUUGAGGUUUAUAAUCUGCACUGGUGUUUCAAAUAAAAUAUUUUUAAAAAUUAAAGUGAGAGCGGCAAAAAUAUACAAAAGAUUAAAUGAAUUAAAAAAUAAAUAAAUAAAAAAAACUAAUUAGAAACACUUAUUUGUUCACAAACAUAUUCUAGUUGUAUUCCAAAAAGGCAGCAUUUGAUCGAAAACUUUAUGAUGAUAACUAUCAUCACUAUUGUUAUUGUUAUUAUUUGUAUUUUGCUGAACUUAUAGUUUUAUCACUGGAAGCCUUUUGUUCGAUUUUUGUGUUUGUCAGUUUUUGUAAUUUAUUCUGCAACUGAUUUUGUGGACAGGAUGCAGGUCUGAAAUAAGUAUUUGCAUUUUUUGUUGUUGUUAGGAAUUCAAUAAUUCACUUUGGAUUUCCGCAGCUAAAUGUAUAUACACAAUAGUCCAUAUUUUAUUCCGUAUAUUGCUUUUUAUUUUACUCAAACAUUUCCACCAUUUGCAAGGUUUAAAUUUCAUUAUAAUUUUUUACCCAGUAGGACGCAGAUGAAUCUAUAGUUACAUUCAAUUGUUCUAUCGGUAGCUUUAAUCACUCAUUCAAGUCCAAAUUCAAUGCAAGUUCAAAUUCGGGAUCGAGAUCUCCUGUGCACCAACCCAACGCUGUUUUUCUGAUUUAUAUUCCUCUCGUGGUUUCAUUUUUUUCCUCCCAGUUGUUUAUGCUUGCGUUUUUUUUUUGUUUUUUUUUUUUGCUCGGGGUUGUAUUAAGACAUACCCCGGAUGAAAGUGGGGUUUUAAAACGUGUGGGUGCUUCUUCACUAAUGAACAAAGAGACUUGCACAUUUUUAAAUAACGGGGUUGAUAUUAAACGGCUUUUUCCCAAUAUCAGGACUAAAUGUCUUUUUAAGUCAAGAGUGAGCUCAUUCUCUACACAUUCUUAUAAAGACAAUGACUUAAAAGUUGUUUUUGUUUGUGCACCAGGUUGUUUUGAAAAACUCAUUUAAAAAAUAUAUUAUUAUUUUCAAGUCCUAUGGCUCUGGGUGCGCCGAAUAAAGCCCCCUUUUAUCCUUGCAAUAAUUCAGUACAAAAUAAAAGACAAUAAAAAUUAAAUAUUUAGGCCUUAGCAUGCCAUAAAAACAUUGUUUGAAUGCUUUAAAAAUGUUUAAUCGCUUUUAAUUCCUUAGAAAACCAAUAAUGUAAUACUUGACAACAAAAAUAAUGCUAAUAAUAAUGAUAGCAUAAAUAACAUCCGUGACAAAAAUACUGUACAUGAAAGAAAUAACCAUAAUACUACGGACGGAAAUAUCUAUGGUGAUAGCUAUUAUUUACGAUUUUGUAAUUGUAAAAAUUAUUUUCUUUCAGCUCGCAGUCAACUUUAUAUCCUGCAUUCAUUUAAAUUGCCCAGUGAACGUUGUUAAUCGCCAAAUUAAAAAAAUAAAAUAAAAAGAAGAAAAGAAGGAAACACGUUUUUAAUGAUUUCAUCGAAUUGAUACAGUAAGCUGCCUCAGGUGCGUAAAUGCCGCCAUUUUAUACAAUAACCCAUGUAAUUAGGUCUUAAAUAGUAUUUAAUGAAGCCAUAAAACAAAAUGACCUUAAAUAUGGCUGUCUGUAAAAAGUUUAGUGUUGUGGUUUCUUAUAUAGAGUCUCCUUUUCCGCUUCAAAUCUUUUUAUGGCAUAUUUUAAUUUUAGGCAUUGUGCUCAAGUCGUUCCACGAGCUGUUAAUUUUGUUCUAAAAUUCCAAGUUACAAUUUUCUUCCUGCACGGUUAACACGGCUUUGAACUGGCGUCUCCAUCGAGGCCACUGAUUUUGUUAGGGGUCCGCCAUGUGUGCGCCCCUGUUAUCCAAAAAGUACACCCGUGUGCCCUUCACAUGCUCUCUAUAGCAAAUGCAAUUAAUAGUGCGUCACGUUAAUUACACCUGCCUCUUUAUUUAGGUGAAAUUUCCCUUUAGAUUUCCAGGCGAGGAAAAGUGCAGUGUUUACGGCACUGAGAUGAGUCAAAACAAUGUGUGGAAGUAGGCGGUGCUGUAGCGCCACCUAGCGGUACCAUGGCUCCCUCUCGCUGGUACUGACGAGGAGCAACACUGAGAAGCAUUGCAACUGAAGUAUUUCAGCCAAUCAAUCAGCCAAAUUAUGUAAACAUUUUUUAAAUCUGUUUAUUCUAAAGCAACAAAGAAUUAAGGAUUGAGUUUGUUUUGUUUUUUUACAUUUAUAUUCCCACAAAAACGUCAAAUUUUAUAGCUGGUUUUAAACCUACGCUUUUUUUUUUUAUAUAUAUAUAAAGUGUGACAAUUGACUUUAUAACAAAAAAAAAUUAUGAAUAUACAUUAGGUUGUAAUGAAUAAUAACAGUGCAAUACAAUCACAUGUUUUGUGCUGUCCCCUUAAGAAAAAAGAAUAUUGGCCUAUGUUAUGCUGAAUGUUACUAAUAUAUGAUAACUAUAUUUGACAUGGUGGCCCACUGAUCUAGUUUUGUAAAUUGUUGAGCAGCCUGCUUAUAAUGAAUGCUGUACAUAAUCCACCAAGUGCCAAGCAGUUUUCAUUUUUUAAAUCCAUAUAGGUUGUAUUUUAAAGACAACACAAGUCAAUACACUCCUCUAAAAAGCUAGAAGAUCAUCAGAGACACAUGUUGGACACUUAGGUUGCAGCUUUUCAACUCUGACACCGUGCUGUGUACUUCUCUCAACUGCAGCUUCUCAUAAAUUGAUUACGUUUUGGCAGUUGCUUGGAUCAAGGAGGGAAUAGUGGCCUCACGCCAAAGGCAUUUUGACAAGUCAAGGUAAGAGAAGCACGAGGGGGAAAUGAAAUUAAAUUUGGAUUUAGGAGUUCCUGGCACAAUAACUUGAAGAAGAAUGUCAUGUUGUCUUUGACUCCUUCGAAAUAAACCGUUACAGAAAUAAUUGAAUGCUCACAAGCAGAUUUUGAGAACGAGCUGUUCAAACAUCAGCAGAGCACAAGUUAUCUUAGCAAAUCUUAUGCUGCUAAAUUGUGGAUGAAGUUGUCUUUCUUUGGAAAAGAAACAAAAAGGUUAUGGAGAAAAAGUCUGUUUCUUUAAAUCAUUUAAAUAGUUAUUACAUUGAGUACUGUUUGGAGGGGACAUUCAAAGCACGAGACAACCCUAUGAGGUCAUAGAGUACAAGUACUCAACAUUGGGUACUACUUGUUUAUGUUUCCCCAGCAUUUCCUGAUAAUAAAUUACCUUGUACACUGUUUGUUAGUUAACAUCUUGUGAGGAAGCUGUUUUUUUGUAGCACACACACACACACACACAAUUUCAACAUUGUGUAAUGCCAUUAUUUGACAUUGUUGUUCUUCCAUCUCGCUCAGAGGCUUUGCAGCUAAUUACACCCAGCGCACUUAAGCACACAAAUACGUGUAUGCGUUCAUUUGUAAACGAGUUAGUGUUUAAUUAGAACUUCACAUGAACUUUGCUGAUCAGUGGAGCGAAUCGUGUCACCCCAUCAGUGCGUUAUUAUUCCUACUAUAAUUGCUCGACAUGCUCAUAUGAGCGCCAAUGCCUCCCAACCCCCAGAGAUACUGGUGGUCAAGUUUCACCAAUCAGAACAUUCACAGGACUGUAAGUAAAUCAAAAGAAACCAAUUUUAAAUGUUAAGCAGAUAUUAAGAAGCUACACACAUACACCAUUUUUGUUGUAAAAGUAAAUGAGAGCAAGACAAUGGUUUCCUAUAACAUCAGAAGGCCACAAUGAUCAUGGUCAUUAUCGAGACAUGAAAAUAUGGCACAACAGUGAUGAAAGAACACAUAAAUUGACGAAAAAAGGAUGAGUAGAUCGGUCAGAGGCAACGAAGGGGCUGAAAGAAACUCAUAGUGGCUGUGUACAAGUCACAAAACUGUCCCAGCAUUUGUUUCUGUCGGAUUCAUGGGAUAUGAUAGCAAAACAAAAGCCAUAUGUUGCAAAGACGAUCAUGCAAACCUGGCUGCAUUUUGCAAAAACAGAAGAAGUUUAAUGAAAUGACAACGAUUUUUAGCAUAAUUUUGAAUGGUAUAUUUCACCAGAAGAACACUUUCCUUGCAUAGAGGGAAACAUGGUAUCAUUAGCACCAUCUCAGUAAGUAACAGUCAGCAUUUGUACAAAACCUUCAGGCUUUUGCAUGGGGAAAAAAAAACAAGAACAAAACAAUCAGGAAAACCCUGCUAGGACACUUGAACAUUAAUCAGAAGAACUCAAAAUCAAAAUCUAAGAAAAUAUUGCUGCACAAUUUGACAUAAAAUCGUCUCUAGUGGAUUAACCCAGUAGGUUUUCAGAAAUUAAGAUACAUGUAACGGCGUAUUUUCUAUAGAAACCUAACAAUACAUAUGGUUAAUAUUUUUUUUGCUUCAAUGAGCUUAUUAUCAUGGCCAAUAAAUUAAAAAAAAUACAUAUGCUCAUAACAAUAGAACAUACAUUGUUAUUGUUUGUAUUUGUUUUGCCUAAGUGAGCUCCCCAUGUUAAAAAAUGGAAUUUUAGACAAAAAAUCAAUUAUGAAAUUUUUUGUAAAAGUUUUUCAAGAAAUUCAGUAGAAACAUCCGGGCAAUCAGGAAGAAGCAAUUGAUCCCAGUCUCAUUUCAUCGACAGCAAGGCAAUCAAGUUAGGUUUAAACUCGCUUCACUGGUCUCAUGAUACAGACUCAAGGUUAUUGGUGUCAUCCCGCAGAGAGGAAGAAGUAGAAAAAGCAGCCGCAGCAGAAGACGUUCGUUCAGCCAUGUCUUCAGUGAGUAUCACGACUGACAGUACACUAAAAGUUGGUGACGGCAUGUUGUGUUAGUUGUUGAGUAGGAAAAUUAGCCAGAAAUCGAUUGCUUCGUCCUAUUUGCAACUGCAUUUUUUGCAACAGAAUUUUCGCCACAGAAUUUUUGUGACUGAUUGUUUGUUGUUUUUUUUUUUUUUUUUAAAGCUUAGUUUUAACGCUUAAAAUGUGACAAAUUUCGUCUAGUUUUAGUCGUUAACUAAAAAUGUUUCCGUCCGUAAAAAAAAAUAAAUAUAUAUAUAUAUAUAUAUAUAUAUAUCACAUUAGAAUUUGGAUGCCCAAAAAAAGUCUUACUUCCAUAAGAAACUGUCAAAGGCUAAUUUCAAUGUGGAGAAUAGAGAUAAUACAGUGUCCAUUAAGCAUAUGACAUGAAUUUAACCGCAUUUGAGAAUUGGCGGUGAAGUCAAAGACUUGUUUUCUACAGAUUUGGUGGCACAUCUGUGAUGAUUCUUGUUUAACUUAACAUUGAUUCUGAUUGCUUCAUUCUGAACACGGCCACAUUAGAGAGUGUUCUCACUUGUGUAACAACAUCUAAUUUUGUUUUCUUUCUUGUUUUUUUUUUUUUUUUUUUUUUUUUUUUUUAAUAAGGUCAUUCAAGUGAUUCAAGCAUGCCUUUACCCCUUGAUUUAUAGUGUUGCGAAGUCACAUACCAGAUCAAAACAGCCUCAAUGCUUUUCUUUAUAACCGUUGAUGCUUGUUGGCAUUAACUUGCACCAUAGAUAAAUUAAAUUUAUUUUAUUAUAAUUAAUACUGUUUAUUGCUUUGUUAAGAUU